AUGCUGCAAGUACAUCCGACGCCGGCUGGAUACCAGGUGCCCCAUGGCCCUGUAGCAGCGAAGGCCUACAUGCCAGUGAUGGUCCCCAAUCGCGUGGUGGUUCGUCCGGCAGCGCCUCUUCAACCUAUGGUCGCCCUCCCAAGGGCUCCUGCGCAGGUGCAAAGACCCGUUUGCCAACCAGGUGUGCAGACCACCCUCUUCGGCCAUCGGAAACCUGGGGCAUGGGAGGGCUGCUACAGCUUGGUGAGAACCUUGGGGAAGGGUUGCUUCGGCACGGUGCAUCUGGUGAAGCCUCGAGACGGCGGGGAGGAGCGCGUCGUGAAGGAGGUGCCCUUCAAGCCUAACAUGCCGCGCGAGUCGGUGCUGCGCGAGAUUGAGAACAUGAAGGCCAUGGACCACCCCCACGUCUUGAAAGUCUUCGAGUAUUACGAGUCAAUCGGAAAGAUUUGCAUGGUCCUGGAGGCCUGCAAGGGUGGCGAGCUCCAGGAUCUCAUCGCGGCCCAUGCGCGGAGUGGCCUCGCGCUCCCCGAGCGAUUCAUCUCCGAGGUGAUGGGCCAGUCGCUUGAGGCGAUCUCGUACUGCCACAGCAAGAACCUUAUCCACAAGGACCUCAAGGCGGAGAACAUCAUGCUGCUGCAUCAGGUUGACAUCGCUGCGGGUGAUCGGCCACAUUGCAUCAUCAUCGAUCUUGGCUUGGCUGAGAUGUUCUUGCCGAGUCUCCCAAGAGGGAAGAUCUACGGCGGCACGAAGACGACCAUGGCCCCGGAGGUGAUGUUCAGCAACUUCGGACCGAAGUGCGAUGUUUACUCUCUCGGCUGCAUCCUUUUCCAGCUUCUCAGCGGCCAGCUUCCAUGCGACCCCAACAGCGCAGACAUGCAACGGCGACUGCAGGGCUGCCGCAGCAAGGCUCAGGAGCGGGGGAUCUUCCUGGAUGCAAAGUUGCGAGGCCCGGACUGGCGCCUCGUCUCGAAGGCGUCGGCAGACUCCCAGGAGCUCGUUCGGCGGAUGAUGGCUCCACAGGAGACAACGAGACCGAGCUGUGAGGAGGCUUUGGAACACAGGUGGUUCCAAAUGGCACGUGGCUCGUCAGCUGUUAUCCCCGCUGAGCAGCUCCAGGCCCUGGCCAGAUAUCGGCAACACAGCGCCUUCCAGCGGGCCUUGAUGGCUAAGGUGGCGACCAAGAUGUCUACUGCACAAACAGCGGACUUGGUGGCAGAGUUCAAGGACCUUAGUCGACCCAGCUGUGGCUCUUUGCGCACGGCGGACCUGCAAACUUCCUUCGAGUCCCUUGGCCUGACCCCGCGCGACGCGGAGACCGCGGUCAAAGCGCUGGACGUCGACGGCAACGGCUGCGUGGAGUUCUCGGAGUUCGUGGCUGCCUGUAUCGCGACGUCGGGCGAAUGGCAGAAGAAGGCAGUGAAGGUCGCCUGGCACGAGUUCGACACGGUGGGCAAGGGCUGGGUGGAGAACUCUGAUAUGGUCAAGAUGCUCCAUUUGAGCGGCCUUGUGUCUGCAAACACCGAUGCAGAUGCCCUUGUGCGGGCCAUGGACAGCAAAGGUCUUGGCCGUGUCGCCUACCAGGACUUCCAGGCGUACUUGGAGCAUGAGCUGCAGCUCGUGGACAAGGUGACCAUACUGGGAGUACUCGUCAUGAUUCGGUGGACGGUCCCACGGAAUGCCCGGGAGGUGGCAAGAUCAAACUUUGGAGUACCAGUGAGCCCCGAAGAUAGGUGCCUGUUAGCGAGAGCAACCACCUCGCUGCGCGUGGCCCAGUUGGGUAUCUUGGCAGGCUACGUGAAACAUGGGCUCGGCGCUGAAAGCUCUGUUGGGGGCACUGCCCCCUCGUUUCCGCGCGAGGCCAGGUCGAAGUUUUUUGAAUAUGGUGCUAAUGAGACUGAGAUCGACAGUGUGCAGUGUAGGAAUGGUUGGACCUCUGUGGCCGAGCUGAAGCUACAGGUAGCAAGCCUGUGCGAAGAUAGGCACACGAAGAAGAAGUCUGCAGUCAGCCAGGAGGGCUUGUCUCGCGUUUUGAAGACAAGUACCUCGGUUAUGCUCGGUUUUGACAUCUAUGCAUACCUCUUCCAGAUGUCGUCCUGCAUUCCUGCGAUCAGCGGUCGUCAGAGAAUGAUCUUCCUCAGUCUAUCGGUGAGCAAGGAACCCGACUUCUCCGACAGCGUUGCCGUAAAGCCGUGGACGAAGACCUCUUCCCCGACACACUCGACAGAGUUCACGACGUACGCGCUUCUCGGUGGUGAGAUGACUGCGGAGCUCGACUUCAGCCGCCCAGAACAGAUGGGCAAAGCCCAGGGUGCAGUCACUGCUGGUGAUGACACCUACAUGUCUGGUACCAUUGCCAUCACUGUCAUCAUCGCUAUAAUGAAAAGGUCACUGCAGAUCAUGAUGAGCCUCUGGACCGCAGUGUACUCGUCGGGUUCAGGAGUGGCUGGACAUGUUUUCGUAGGGAAGGCAUUUGCGAUGCGCCCAAGAUUGUACAUCGCAGAGCUGGCUUUUCGAGAAGGUGUUUUGCCGAACAGUUUCGCCAAUAUUGCGGAGAUGUCUACCUCGUACCAUCGGCUCCAGUCCUUCCUGGGCCGGCAGGAUCUCAUCCUCAGGAAGAAGGAAGAGGAGCCGGUGGCAGACGCCGGUCAGAUCACCUUAGAUCAGGCCAGCUUUGAGCGCGGGAGGUUUCAGGAGGGCAAGGCGGAGCUCUUCACCCUCGGCAAGCUCAACCUGAAGUUGAACUCGGGAGAUCUCUGUGUUGUGUGUGGGCCGGUGGGUUCUGGCAAGACCACGUUGGUGCUCGGCAUGCUCGGUGAGGUGCCCCAGGUGGACCUUGGCGGUCGGGUCGCAGUGGGCGGCAAGACCUCCAUCGCGGCGCAAGAGCCUUGGAUCUUGUCCGCGACCUUGAAGGAUAACGUUCACUGCUUGCGGUCCGAGAACGAGGAGAGUUACAGCGACGCGGUGCAGGCGGCGCAGCUACUGCCAGAUUUCGCAAUUCUGCCGGGUGGAGAUACCACAGAGAUCGGCUCGAGAGGCAUCAAUGUGUCUGGCGGCCAGAAGGCAAGAGUGGCGUUGGCUCGGGCCCUCUUCGGCGUUCCGGCCGCGGAUGUAGUCUUUUUGGAUGACGUGCUCAGUGCGGUGGACGUCCAUGUUGCCACCUCCAUCAUCAGCGAGGCUUUGCUCGGGGUGCUGAAGAAGAGCACCCGAGUCAUCGUGGCGAACACCUUCCUGCCGCUACUCCUGCCCCAUGCCCAGUCCGUGGUCGUGCUCGGUCCCGGAGGUGUAGUGGACACCAUCGCGCCGCCAGACGAGGCGAUGGCUUCCAGCAAGUGGCUGCGAGAGGCUGCAGGGACCAUGGGAAGCUGCGCUGAGGCCCAAACAGAAACGAAGCCUGCGCUUCCCAGCGCCACCUCGGAAGCGCCCGUCGCUGCCGGAAAAGGUCUGGAUGGUUCCCUCUUGAUCGCAGAGGAGAGGCAGGUUGGCAUCUUGAGUCUCACUGCCUAUGCAAGCUACUUCCGCCAAGCAACCUCUGGGGGGAGUUUGAUCCAGGGCGCUGUGCUCUUCGCCUUUGUUUGCUUGCUGGUGGUCCUGGCGGAGGUGUGCCGUACAUUUACCGAGAUUUGGGUCACGCUCUGGACUGAAGCCGAUGGAGUGUCCGCCGGAGAUCUUCCCUUCUGGCUCGGGGGGUACGGAGGCAUAGUAAUCCUGCUCAUGCUCGUGUGCCUUCUGCGUGCCGUGGUGUUCACCAUGAUCAUUGUCCGCAUCGCAGCAGGAACCCACACGCACAUGGUGCAGAAGGUCCUGCGAGCUUCGGCUCCACUCUUCUUCGAUGUCGUCCCGGCGGGCCGCAUCCUGAAUCGCUUCUCAAGAGAUCUGGAUGCCAUGGACUCUCAGCUACCAGACUACAUGGCGGAGUUCCUCACAAGCUUGUCUUACGUCAUCGCCAGCGCAGCAGUCUGCGUGACUGUGUCUCCCUUUGCACUCCUGGGCCUGGCGCCGCUGUGCAUCAUGUUUGUCUACGUACGGAGGUACUACACAUCGAGCGCACGAGAACUGAAGCGAUUGGAAUCUGUGUCAAGGAGCCCACUCUACGUGGACUUCCAAGAGCUUCUUAGUGGCUUGGUCCACCUCCGAGCCUUCGGAUUGGAGAAAAGUGCACUGCGAAAUUUCGAGGCGAAGGUGGAUGAGAACAACAGGAUGUUCUUCCACCUGCACUCGCUGGUGCCUUUCAAUGUCCUGCGGAUGAACGGCUUAGCCGCCCUUUUCGUGUCCGUGAUGGCAGGUGUGGUUGUGGUGUUGGGCAACCGCCUCGAAACUUCAUUGAUUGGCCUCGGUCUCUCUGCCGCCGCGGGGCUCAUUGGUCGACUGCACCAGACUAUUCGGUUUUCUGCAGAAGUCGAGAACAACUUCACCUCUGUAGAGCGCUUGCAGCAUUUCAACAAGGUCCCCCAAGAGGUGGAGACUUCCGAUGCCCCUGCACCUGCUGCAUCCUGGCCGAGUAAAGGCGAGGUCGUCUUCGAGGAUGUGAAGCUCAGCUACCGCCCUCACCUCCCCCUCGUCUUGGAUGGUGUGUCUUUCCGAGUCCUCGCCGGACAGCGGGCAGGCAUCGUCGGGCGGACAGGCUCUGGCAAAUCCACUUGCAUGGGCGCCCUUCUACGCCUUGUGGAGCUCGCAGGAGGCCGAAUCCUGAUCGAUGGCCAGGACAAGCUACUUCAUGCAAUGCCGGAGUGCAGUUGA